AUGCCAAAUGAAUUAUUGGUGAAAAUUUUUCAAUACUGUGAUGAUGAUGAUUUUGCAAAUUUACGUUUGCAAUGUACUCGAUUUGAUCAGCUGAUAACAACAUGCGGUAUUUUAUUAGCAAAAUGUUAUCGUCAACGUUUGGUGACAUGUUUGACAAUAACGUAUAAUACAACAAAUGAUACAUACGUUUUGGCAACGUUUAAAAAAAAUCAUUCAAAUAAGAAAAAUUCAAUUGAAGUUACACGUACGGACGUUUUACGUGGACGCUAUCAUAAUCUUAGGUAUUGCUUCCGUCGAUUUCGUAUUCUAGGCUUACAAUUUUCCAAUCUUUUUCUUUGUUCACGUACGCUACGUUAUUUUUGUGAUUUAUUAUCGUGUUGCUUGACCUUUGAACCUAAAACACUUCGUUUAUGUGAUUGUUAUGUAGCUGAUUUACAACACGAUGCAUUAAUGCGCUUAAUGAAUUUAUGCUCCAAAUAUCUUAUCGUUUUAUCUUUUAUAAAUUUAGCUGGCGUUCGACCAACAUUAUUUCAAGAUGAUUUAUUUCAAACAAUUAAUCGUAAAACAUUAUAUGUUUUAAUGAUUCAAUCUAUUGAUUUUCAUAUUUCAAUACCAAUCACUGAUCAACAACUUUCUCUCAGUGAUACAAUCUUUCGCUAUUUGCCAAAUUCUAUGCGUAAAAUUAAACUUGAAAAAUGUCAAAAUAUUACCGCCGAUGGAAUUUGUGAUUAUAUUGAACGUUAUUUUAAUACUAAUGAAAAUACUACGAAAAUUCAUCAUCGUUCAACGGAAAUGGUUUUCCGGCAGUGCAAACAGUUAACAACUGUAGCAUUUGAGAGAGUUGCACAACUCCGGAAUAUCUGUAUUGAUGGACAGGAUCCGGUUGGUGAGUAUAUUAUGAAUUGGGUGAAACGACGACAGUAUCAUUUACGACAUACCAAUCAGAAAAAAUUAAUUGCUAUUGAAAUUGACAGUCAUCAAAUGAUCAAACGAAAUGAUUUGUCAACAUCGAUUACAAUUGAGGAAUUAAAUCGAAAUUCAUUUCAUUCUGUCAUACCAUUUCUAAGCAUCUGUCACCUUCAUUCAUCAGCCACCGAACAACUUCUAAUGCCAGCGAUCAAUUCGGCACGAAUGAAUCAAAAAUGGAAAUGUGAACAGGAUUGUAUGAUAACCGGAAAAACGGAAAAGCAUUUUUCAAAAAUGACCGAUCAAUCAGGAGGAAUUUUUAUGCAACCAAUUAUUAAAACAGCUAAUAUUAUUCGUCGAAUAAAUUAUGCAAAUCAUAUUCCUAAUCGUUUUUCAUUUCCAACAAUGUUUGAUUAA